AAGAAUAACGUUCUUAAAAAGUGCCUGGAUCUCUCACAUCCUUUAACAAAGAGUAACACAUACCACCCUAUUUUUAGGCGGAAGGGGGUACCUCAUUCCCUGCAGCAGGGUCCUCCUCGGAACACUCUCUCCAAGGCCUCAGGACACAUACCUGGCCACCGUCACAGUGACCCCUCCUAUCAGACUGGGCCGCCUAAGCCUGGCCAGAGCAGGUUCCUGCAACACCCGGCCUCAAUGACUCCUCAUGGCAUAAGGCUUUUUGUAAAAAAAAAGCUGGAAUCUGGAGUAUCCCUCCUGUCAAGAUGAAAGACCAGCCAAAGGCGGGGCUGGUCUAGGGCUUUAGGACAUAUCAUGGCAACGCCAGGACAGACCACAGGUGCCCCAGGCCCAUUGGUGCUCUAGUCAAGGCAACCUCCUUCCAAAUUGCUGUCCUUUUCCGUGAAGCUAAAUCUGUUCAUCCACCCCAUGGACACCAGGCCUUGGGGCCCUUUGUAGAGGCAGCAAAUGAUCUGGCAUCCGUCUAUGGAGUCGCUUCCCUCUGGCUCCAGGAGGCCAGCCCAGCCCACAGCUGCCUCCUCCUCUCCACCCCAACCAGGUCUGUCCAAAACCACCAUGCCAGUCCUACUGUACCCCUUCCAAGGUAGGUACAUUCUUGAGUGAAAACCUCAACUCAUACCGUAUCACAGAGGACCACAGGAUGUUCACAUGCAUGACACGGUCCACGGACAGGGACCCCUGUCAUGCACACAUUGUCCACAGAGAUGCACUCAUCACACACAGAAAUGAACAAUCACACAGAGACACAAAGAGAUAGGGAAACACAAGGCAUAUAACCAGAUGCAUGGUCCCACAAUGACGUCGGCUAUCAGCAGGAAUACAGACAUGGCACAGUCACACCGCAGGAAGGAAAGCUAGACCUUCGAGCCACAAAGUCACAUUCUUAGUCACACCUAGCUACAAGGUUACACUCACCCCAAUGCUAUGCGGCUGCUGAGCCCCACAUUCUCUCCCAGUCUCAUACAAGUACCCUGGAACACCUGAAAGCUCACCACCACAGGCUAUACACCAUCUCCCAGGAGAGGCACCCACCCUCACACCUGUGCAUCAUUCAGGCGCAGUCAGUGCCAAGCCACUCCAAUCCAGGCACACGGAUCCCGGAGUUGCACAUAGUCAAUCGCAUGCUCAUUCCUCCCUCCUCCCCCUUUUCCUCCCUUCCAGGGCUGUCCAAGAGUGAGUGGAACAAAAGCCCAGCGUCCCCUCUUUCCCUCCACCCUCUUUUCCCCUCCCCCUGGCGUCCAGCCCCUUUGUCCUCCCGCAGCUGAGCCUGAGUGGCAGUCUAGGCAGCGCAGCAGAGACACUGGAGCCCAGGCUGCCAGGGGUUCAGGCGGCAGGACAGACAGGAGUGGUCCGUGCAAGAACAGCAGCUUCAGGGCACCUUCAGGGAGAGGGCAUGGCCAGCAGGAUGCUAGAGGGCCCCUCGCUGGAGGAGUCAGAGCCAGGCGCUGAGGCGCCCUGCUCAGGGUCUUGCCACACGCAGCGCGUCCUGCAGACCCUCAACGCCUACCGUGGGAGCGGCACCCUCACCGACGCGGUGCUGCGCGCUGGCGGCCACGACUUCCCGAGCCACCGAGCUGCGCUUGGCACGGGCAGUGCCCACUUCUGCAGCCUCUUCGCAGCCGGGCAGCCAGAGCUCGGUCAGGCCGUGGUGCCCGAGAUGCUGGGCGCCGGGCGAACCAGGGCGGCAGCAGCGCUGGCUGUGGCGCUCGACUACGACUACGUGUUCGGUUCAGGCGGGCAGCUGCGCGCCGAGGACGAGGCGGGCCUGCGCGAGGCCUGCGCGCGCUUCCUCGAGGGCAGCCUCCGCGCCGCCGACAGCCGGGCGCUGCGCCACGUGCCCGCCGCCUUCCCGCCCCCCUCCCUGGCGGGGCGCUGCGGCCGCGGGCGGCGCCAGGGCUUCACAGAAGCGGUGCGCCACGCCGACUUCCUGGAGCUGGCGCCCGAGGACGUGGUCGCGCUGCUGGCGAACCCGGGCGCUGGGCGUGGCCGCGCGAGGAAGCCCGUGUUCGAGGCGGCCAUGCGCUGGGUGCGUCACGACGCGCCGGCCCGACGCGGGCAACUCGCGGCGCUGCUGGAGCACGUGCGCCUGCCCCUGCUGGCGCCCGACUACUUCCUGGAGAAGGUGGAGGCGGACGAGCUGCUGCGGGCCUGCUGCGAGUGCCGCCCGCUGCUCCUCGAGGCCCGGGCCUGCUUCAUCCUGGGCCGGGAGGCCGGUGGGCUGCGUACGCGGCCACGGAGAUUCAUGGACCUAGCUGAAGUGAUUGUGGUCAUUGGCGGUUGUGACCGCAAGGGACUUAUGAGGUUGCCCUUCGCCGACGCCUACCACCCAGAAAGCCAGCGCUGGACCCCACUGCCCAGCCUGCCUGGCUACAUGCGCUCAGAGUUCGCUGCCUGUACUCUCCGCAAUGACAUCUAUGUCUCAGGAGGCCACAUCAACAGCCAUGAUGUGUGGAUGUUGAGCUCCCAUCUGCACACCUGGAUCAAGGUGGCCUCAUUGCACAAGGGCAGGUGGAGGCACAAGAUGGUGGUCUUGCAUGGACAGCUGUUCGUGGUGGGUGGCUUUGAUGGACUACGGCGCCUGCACAGCGUGGAGCGCUACGACCCCUUCUCCAACACGUGGGAGUCCGUGGAGCCGCUCCUGGAGGCUGUGAGCUCGGCAGCGGUGGUGCCCUGUGCUGGCCGGCUCUACGUGAUUGGGGGUGCCAGGCAGGACAACAUCAGCACAGACAAGGUGCAGUGCUUUGACCCCAAGGAGGACAGGUGGAGCCUGCAGUCACCAGCACCCUUCUCUCAGCGAUGUCUUGAGGCUGUCUCCCUCGAGGACACCAUCUAUGUGGUGGGAGGCCUCAUGAGCAAAAUCUACACCUACCACCCUGGUACAGAUGUCUGGGGGGAGGCAGCCGUCCUCCCCAGCCCCGUGGAGAGCUGUGGCGUGACUGUGUGUGAUGGGAAGGUCCACAUCACUGGUGGGCGAGAUGAUCACGGGGAAAGCACCGACAGGGUCUUCACCUUUGACCCCAGCAGUGGGCAAGUGGAGGCCCAGCCGUCCCUGCAGCGCUGCACCAGCUCCCACGGCUGCGUCACCAUUGUCCAGAGCCUGGGCAGGUGACUCAGAUUUGGACAACCUGAGCCAGGAGCAGAGAGAGAAGGGAGAACUCGGGCUCACCACUCUGCUUUCCUCAUGGAACCACCAUGUAAAUAGCCCCUUAACUUAUUGCCCCCUUUCUUGUAGAAAUAAAACGUCAUUCAAAGGUUGGGUCUGUG